AGUAUUUAUUAUAUAUAACAGUGUUUAUUAUAUAUGCUUACAGUUUUAAAUGGUAAAAAUUAAAAGAACAAGUGAAAAUUAAAAAAAAGAAGAAAUGAGUAUUACAGAGUCCACUGGAGUUACAUUCAAUUGGGUAAAUGUUAGAGAUGAAUUUCAAAAAUCUUGCAAAGAAUUAAAGCUUGGCGAGCUAGUACAUGAUAACCUUUUUGGAUUGUUUGAAGCUAUGUCAGCUAUUGAAAUAAUGGAUCCUAAGAUGGAUGCAGGAAUGGUUUGUAAUCGUACAAGAAAAGUAUAUCAGCUUCAGGCAGCAAUAACAGCAGGAAAGUUGAAAGUUAAAGAAUUAACAGAAGGAGAAGUGUUGGGUGUUAUAAAUGAGCUCACAGCAUGUUUUUGCACCUGGCUGGAUGGGCAUUCUUUGGUACAAACUGUAUUUACUUGUUUAUAUUGCCAUAAUCCAUCUGUUAUUGAAGAUGUUGUUCUAAAGGCAUUCUGUAUAUCUACUUUAAAAAUGGUUGAUAUUGUUCGAAAUAUUUGUACAAGAGCAAAGGUAUACGAGGAGGAAGACUUCCAACCAUUAACUUAUGGUUUCAAAUUAGCAUGUAAUGUUACAGAGUUGAGAAUAUCUGGUAUGCUUAGAGAAGCUGAUGAGGAAAUUACAAGGCAUCUCAAAAUUUAUCUGAAUGAUGAAGAGAACUCAAAGAAUGAGAUUGAUAUUUGCAAAGCCAUCAAGAUACGGCUAAAGUUUUGGCGUGCUCUAUAUUGUGCUCUGUUGGUAUUUGAAAAACAAGAUUGCUCUGAAAUGAAGCGUUGCAAGGAGUAUUUAUCAACUGCAAAAGAAUCUUUGAAAGAAAUGUCAUCCACUCAACAUCUGGGUUUAAAGCCUGAUAAUACAAAAGAAAACUAUAUGUUGGGAUUUGAUCCUUUAGUAAAUCAGCGACUUCUUCCACCAUCAUUUCCCAGACAAACUCAAAUCUUUACACAAGAAAAAUUUUUAGGGUAUAUUGAUUCUCUUAUGACGCGGUUAUUAAAUAUUUGUUCUGUGACAGAAUGCUCAAAUUUUCACAUAAUUUUAGAGUUUCAAUGCGAUUUCAGUAAACAAAUACCAUGUGUACUAUCCAGAUCAAUUUUACAGUUAGUUAUUUGUCACCCUGGUAACAAAAUAUUUGGUAAAUUUCCUAUAAUUGAUAUGUUAAAAGAAGCAGUUAAGUUAUUCAAUGGUACACCUGCUGUUGCUGACCUUACACCACUAUCUUCAAAUGAAGCAAAAGUCAUUGUGGGAAAUUUUUUUGCAAGAGCAGUAAAGCCUAUGUUAGGACUUAUAGAAGCUUAUGGACAUAAUCGAGCUCGUCAAAGAGAAAAGCUUGGUAUAUUGUUGGCUGAAUUUGGAGCGCUGCAAAUUGAAGCUGAUCAAGCUGACCAUGCCCUCCACAUUAUUUUACAAGCAAUUGAUACCAAGAGACAACAUUUGGCAUGCUUUGAAUCUUGGGUUCUAUAUCACUCUCUUUCUAUCAUGAUACAACAUACUUUUCUUGGUUUUGAGUUAGAACUUUUCAAUACACAUGAAUUUCAUUAUGUUUAUUGGUACUUAGAUUACCUGUUUGGUUGGGCGAACAAUUGUUUACACCGGGCAGAAAUGCUUCUCAAUGUACAAGAGCAGUAUAUAGACAAAAAAUGUGGAAAGAAAGAAAAAAAACGAAAAAAAGAGAUCAUGUCUUCUUGCUCAGACCAAAUAAAAGAACGAAAAAGUUUACGUCUUAUUUUUAAUGGCAUGAAGGAGUUAUGUUUAGGAAAUAUUAAGGCUUAUGAAGGUUUUGAUAAAGAUGGGAAAAUAAAACAUCCAGAAGUGUUCUUUGACAAUGAAAAAAUUCGAUUUGAGCGACGUUUCAUGACUUUUCAAUCUAUUGAUACCCACCAGUCUGUACAGUAUAAAGACUACAAAGAUGUUACAUCUCUUCCUGAUGACCAAUUUUGUUCCAGUUCCCAACUUUAUUUGAAAUCAAUGAUGCAUUACCAAAGAGCAAUGGAUAUUCUUCAAUAUAUUGAACAAAUUGAUGUUGAGGGUGAAAGGUUAAUGAAAAUAGCAAAAACAAAUUUUGUUGUCAUGAAACUUAUUUCUUCUGGUCACAAACAAGCAUCAAUUAAAUCACCUAUAUGGGACUUUAAAUAUCACCAGAGUUACCCUUUGAUUCGACUAGUUUGAUUUUAGACGACAAGACUGUUAGAAAUUUAUAUAUUUUUACAAAGCAUUUAUAAAAAUAUAAAAUGUUUUGGUUUUUA